UCAGGACAAGGAGGAUGCCAGCAUGGAGGAUGAGCAGGAUACCGGCAUGGAGGAGGCAGUGACCAAGAAGGCACCCGCAAUGCAGGGCAAGGAGGAAGAGGCUUGUGGCGUGAAGCAGGAGAAAGAAGAAGAGCAGAAGGCUCGUGAGGAGGAGGAAGGUUCCAAAAAUGUUACGACAGAGGAGACAGCGGUGGUCGAGGAGGUGUCUCAGGACCAGGGUAAUCGAGCUCUUCCAGGUGGAUUCAGUGAUCGCACUGCAGCGUGUGCAAACAUGGAUGCGCAGAGGAUUGUCAAACUCUUAUUCACCAACACCGGGCUCAAUUUAGAGUUUCACGCUGCACUGCACCGUGCCCCAGAUGCUGCAACACUGGCUCUCCAUGUAGUUGAGUUAUUCCUGCACGACAAGAUGCUUAAGACCAACAAGGCUUGGGUGAACUGUGUGGGGCUUAUUCGUAUGGUACCCGUAGUUGUUACUGAGCUUUCUGCAGACAUGAUUGAGCAGGCCAAGCCGGUGGCUAAGGAUUGGAAGGAGAUGAUUGACAAUUCAGAGUGUUGCACAGUCCUUGGCAGCCUGGCCUCAUGGGCUUUCCUCUACUUCAUCAUCUCCUAUAACAUUGUAUCCGAGUUUGAGACAAAGGAGAUCUUCCAUCUCUUUGCAACCAUGCCAAGCAAACAGCAGAAGAUGAACUAUGCCAUGCUCUUUAAGGAUCUUCGGCUCACCGAUAGAAUCCUAGGUAAGAAUUAA